AAAGAAAGAAAAAGGAAAAGUCACACACGAAGAGAUAAAGUCAUUUGCGCAUCAUAUAAAUACAACAAAACAAGAUGAUGAUCAGCGCCAAAUCAACCAAAAAACAUCCAUAACUUGCAUUCUAUACACACGGGAAAAGCAAAAGUCAAAAAAACAAUAUGAGAAGAAGUUCAUUUAGGGUGAUGUUGCCCUUGGGCAUCAUCUUUUUGUCAACCUUGUUCCUAAUAAACUCAUCGGAUGCUUGUCAUCCUGUUGAUCAAGAAGCAUUGCUGCAUUUCAAAGCUGGAAUCACUUCCGAUUCGACUAAUGCAUUGGGAUCAUGGGUUCCGACCACGGAUUGCUGCAACAGUUGGAACGGUAUUUUCUGCAAUCCUGAAGGAAGAGUUUUUAAAGUGACUCCGGCUGUGUGUAAUGAUGAUUCCUUUAUCGAAGUACCAAUGUCUGGAACUAUAUCGCCUUUUCUUGGCAACCUUUCCUACCUUGAAACACUUUGGUUCACGAAGCUAAAGAAUCUGACGGGUUUUAUUCCGCCCGAACUCGGAAAGUUAUCCAAACUGACUGAUCUCCGUCUUGAUCACAAUCAGCUGAGUGGAGAUACUUCUUGGUUUUCUAGUUUCGUUUCACUGAACAUUUUGGUUUUGUCUGAUAACAAUCUGACGGGGAAUAUUUCGUCAAUUUGCAAAAUUCGUUCCAUGAUGAUGCUAAACUUGAACAACAACAAGUUCACUGGAAUGUUACCCCAAGAUAUGGGAAUUACCAUGCCGAAUCUUAAUUCUUUAUAUCUCUCCAACAACAACUUCACCGGUAAGAUUCCUCCAAGCUUGGGGAAUCCAAUUCCACAUAUGGGGUUGUCGGAACUAGAUUUGUCUCGAAAUAAGCUCACCGGCCCAAUCCCUUCCGAUCUUUUAAAUAUAAAGUCCAACAUACAUUCUCUGGAUUUGUCAUUUAAUCCUCUUGGACUAAUCAACAUACCAGCUUGGAUGCAAGGAUUGAGACAGCUAACCAGCUUAUCGUUGGCAAAGACGGGAAUCAAAGGGCCGCUUCCGCGUUGGCUACCUAGACUUUCACCGAAUUUGCAAAAGCUGAAUUUAGCAGAAAAUGAAUUGACGGGGCCAUUGCCAAGUUGGAUAGCAAACUUCACCAAGUUACGGGAGCUGAACUUAUCUUGCAAUGCAUUUGAAUCUUCUAUUCCAGCAGAAUUCCAGGAUAUGUACCCCCUAACAACCCUGGAUCUUCAUUCCAACAAGUUCUCAGGCGGGCUGAAACCCAUACUGGGAGCGUAUUAUGAUGAGGUACUUUGUUACGCAUACGAUGCCAUUGAUGUUUCCAACAAUUAUUUCUCUGGUCCAAUCGAAGAAAACAUUGGAGACGAAGGAUCCCUCGGUUACAUUACUUCCUUAAAACUGUCGAACAAUUUACUUGAAGGAACUAUACCAAAGUCGAUCGGAAAACUAGCGUCCUUGAAGGCUCUAUUGCUCGCGAACAACAGAUUAAGUGGUGGAAUCCCCGGAGAAGUGUCCAACCUCACAUUGCUUCACGAGUUUGAUGUUUCCGGGAAUCAUCUGAGUGGAAGUAUUCCUCGUUUCAAUGCGUCUGUCCCAAUCUCGGAAAAAGCGUUUUUAGGCAAUCCUGGAUUGUGCGGAGCUCCACUUCUUCCUUGCAAAAAACCGUAAAAGCUGAUCUUAGUAGCUGAAUCCCAUGAUUUUUGUACUGAUGUGACAAAGUUUUCUAUACUUUAAAGUCAAAUUAGUUAAAAACUCCUUUGAACCUCUGAGUUAUGUUAAUUACUAUAUGUACUUGAAAGUUGAAAUCAUAGAGUGAUGUAUCAUAGCUCGUAGGUUUAAUUCAACGAGGAAGAUCAAAUUUAAUUGCAGUAAACGCAGCAAAGUUUUCUUGGUG